UAUUGCAUCCUUUGUGGAGGAACUCCGCUCACCUUUGCUGUUCUAGGGGGCCAACACCGCCCCCUGCAGAUCCCUGCGCGGAAAAUCUGUUGCACGUACUACUUGCCUUACGCGGUAACGGCUGGUGCUCGGGCCUCCAGGGCUCCUGCUGCAGUUUCCCUGCAUCGCCAAAUCUUUGCUGUUUUCGCCCUCGACCCAGCGAUCUUCUGGUACGGGAGCGGCACAUCUUUACGACGUGCUGUCGUACAGUGGUUUUGAUGAUUAUUUUUGUGUGCAAGGCAAACAAAAGAACAGGGAUGGGACCCAUUCUCCACGCUACCUGAGCUCUACGCAAGCGACCACUGAAUUGCUUGCUUAUCAGCGUUCGCAACUUGAUCUCGGGCGGCUAUCCUUCCCUGGCACCUUGAUCCUUGGUAGGCAAUAUGUAUUGUUAAUCCGGUUCUUUUCCCGGGUGGUUCUGGGAACCAUCGAUCUCUUGAUCGUCUUGCCAUGUGCUUUUCAGUUCAUCACAUCUCGUCUUAAUCCUUCUUUUAUACAUACGGCCAAGCCUAGGGCAGGUCUUUACCAUACAGCAGCAAGUCUGUUUACAUUCUAUAUUGUUGUUUUUAAAUUUUAUUAUCUACUUCGCUUCUAUUCUUCGUUUGAAUCCUGGUGGUUUGAUUCUUUUGUAUUCAUUAUUGCGUCUGGCCAACGACAUUGCACCCGAUAGACCAUUUGCACCUCCGCUUGGCCCGUCGCCGCACCACGUCCCGGGCUGUAGACAGUCGAACCUUGCGAUAUUUGACUACGACGCCCAUAGUGCCAUAAUCACCGGGGAAUAAAUCGCCUGGCGGCGGCGGAAGCGGAUAGAAUCGCACCACAUUUUAUCGCGAUUCCGAGGCAGGGUCGACGUCGUGGCUGGCCAACAAACAGCAGCGAUCUCGAGCGGGUCGAGAUCGCCUCACGCCAUGCAAGAAGCCAGGAACAGGCAGUACGGAGCCGGGAGAAACCCGCAGAUGAAUUUCCCGGUGUGGCCAACGACACCCUCCAGGCCCUACUCGUUAUUCCCGCCAGAGCAUAGACGCGGGAACUCGGGGUCGUCCCAUCCUUCGCCCGGCUUAGCGAGGCCUGUGCCGACGCCAGUGCCGCGACCGCGGCCGCCACCGACGACGACAAUGAUAUCCCACAGCACACCGAUCAGCAGCGGCCGUGGGGGAGGUCGCGUCACAACCGAAUCGGCGGGCCCGGGAGCCCCCAGGCGAGAACCCGAGCUAGACGAGUGGCCGACGUUUGCACAGUACAACACGACGCCGCCGCUGGAUGCGCCGACGGAAAGCUCAUGGAAAUCUGAUCCGAGAAAGGGCAAGAGGAGCAAGCGGAGGAAAGGGAGCCUCCGUAGCGUGGUCGACGACGAAGAGCGGCGGUCCAGGUUCGCGCAGGUGUCGAUGCGGGCACUGCAUGUGCUAUCGCAUAUGGCGUUGUGCGUGGUGGUGCUUUAUGUCAUGUUUAUGUUCUUGGCGAUGCCGGCCGUGACUACAACGCGGAACCAACGACUAAACGCAAUCUCCAACGAGCGCAACAACCUCAAUCGCAAGGAGGCUUUCGGCCUGGUUACGAUACUCUCGGUCGAUGUUAUCCUGGACCUGUACGGGCUGUGGGUGUGCCGGAGCCACUGGUCGCGCCCGGCGCUGGCGGCACGGCUGGUGGUGGGCGGCGGCUACAUCACCAUGUUUGCUGUGUACUACGCGCUCGGGGGCCGCGUCUUCCCGCCACAGUUUACAUUCUUCGGCAUGAAGCCCACCUUCGCAGCCCCGUUCCUCUACCUCUUCAUGUGGUCGCUGGGGACCUGGAACGUGCUGUGGGUAGUCAUGUACCGGCACCAGCUGCUGGGGAAGAAGCGGAGCGGCGAUGGUGAUGGGCGAACGGAGUUUGGCGGCAGCAGCAUCGGCGGUGCUGUCGGGUUCCGCUCACAGGACGACGCGGUGGCGCAGCAGCAGGAGCACUCGAGGAAAGGCAGCUCCGAGUCGAGUGCCUCUUCGACGUGGCGACGGCCGGUGUGGCCGUUUUUGAGGAAGGGGUCGUUGGACGACGACGACGACGCAACGACGAUAAGGGUCAACGAGGAGCAGCAAGAAGUGCGUCCGGGGCUCCAUGGGCUGCCGCCGGGGUAUCUUGAUUCGAUACGGCUUAGCCAGUGGAGGAAGGGGAGGAAUACUUGGGGGAACGGGGUCGGGGAUGGGACUGAUACGCGGCACGAGAGCUUGGAUUUUCAGACGGGGCGUAGGAGUCAGCAGCCUUGGAGGGGAGGUUGAGGUCUACUUGGCGCUACAUAACAGAAAACAAUAAACAUGAUUAUCUUCAA